ACAUUGAUACAUUCACAAAAAACUAACGGGAGCCAAGGAUAUCUUAUUUUUAACACAUUCACGUUACACCUUAUCAACUGCAGCAACCGCCGCCGGACAUGCUAACCACAGCUGAUCUAACGAGUCCUCAAGGCCACCGGCCGGCAGAUCGCAUCAUUGCUUUUUAGCUGCAUCCCAACUAACGCCCAUCACUUUCAUGGUGUCAUCGUUCAACGAUCAUGGUAACCUCUACGGGCAAUUAGCGCCUCCAGAGCUAGAUCCACACAGAAGGGUAGGCAAAGUUUUGGGUGGGGACUCCCGUAUAAAGAGAUGAUUUGAUACUCAAAAGUCUAACAUAUUCGUUUCUAACUCGAGUCAGACAGUGCCAAGUCAGCGCAGGAGACAAUCACUCCCACCCAUCUAGUCAAAAUGAAAGUGUUCUUCGCAGUAGUUCUUUUGGUGGCCGCCGUGUCAUGUGCCCCUCAGGAUCCGAACGCAACGCCGGUUCCGAUUGUGUCGCAGACCUCGAACCUGAACCCGGAUGGCAGUUUCCAGUAUUCCUACGAAUCGGGCAACGGCAUCAAGGUGGAAGACCAGGGUGAGCUGAAGGUCGUUGAAGUGCCCAAGGAAGACGGCACGGGAACCCAGCAGGCUCAGGUUUCGGUCCAGAAGGGAAGCUACUCGUACAACGCUCCCGAUGGAACGCCCAUUACGCUGCAGUGGACUGCCGAUGAGAAUGGAUUCCACGCCACUGGUGAUCAUUUGCCAGUUGCCCCGGUUGCGAACCCUUAGGAGGUAGUUUGGGGUUGAUUGAGAAGGGCGUGAUAAUUGGAAAUGAUAUUUUUAUGUUAUGUUUGAAUGCAAAUAAAACUGGAUGUUUCCUAAUAUGAUUAAGA